AGAGUGCAACGGAUAGACUCUUAAAUUACUAUAAAGCUGUGAAUCAAGGCCAGUCUUUGAGACUGUGGAUGAGAUGCUUAAAUGGGCUGGUUUGUAUAAUCUCACCACCAGGACAUUGCAAGAGGAACUGUAGAUUUAGGUUGUCUCCUUUGCUGAUACAAGAACUUGUUACAGAAUCACGAGAAUCAAAUAUGGCCAAAGUGUUAGCAUCAGUGGACUUGCUGGUGCGGUUUCGUUGGCAGGAUCUGGGGGAGGGUGGUGGGCAGUUGAAGGAGGGAACUAGCAGAUGGCUGCUGGAUUAAUUAAUACUUCAGAUGUUGAAUUGCACCUCAAUGAAGAAAUAGCAUCAAUUUCUUACCUUGGAGAUUAUUAUGAGCUUAACUCAACCAAUGGAAAUAGUUACACGUGUGAUAUCUCUGUGGUUGCUACACCCCUAGAUGAGGUAAAUAUUCGUUUUACGCCUGCAUUUUUAAUUCCUAAUAGGAAAUUACAUCAUACCCAUGCAACUUUUGUGAGGGGAUUCUUGAAUCCGGCAUAUUUUGGCCUGCAUUGUGCAUCAACAAUUCCAGAACUGGUGGGCACUGUAGAGAAUUCUGAUAUUCCAUUCCUAACCAUUUCUGUUCUCAAGCAACACAGUAAGAAUGAUUUGAGCUACAGGAUGUCCUCCCGUGAAACAGUAGCAGAUGCGUUGCUCGAUCGCAUUUUUAGUGUGCGGACGAAGACAAUUACAAUAAAUUGGGGAGCUUAUCCUCAUUACAAGGCUCCAGAAAGGUUUGCACCAUUUAUUUUGGAUGGCCGGCAUUUGUACUAUGUGAAUUCUUUUGAGAAUGCAGCCAGUUCCAUGGAAACAAGUGCUGUUGCAGCCGAGAAUGUAGCACAACUCAUCCUAUCGAGAUCCUCUAGUCAAGUCAAAUCAAGUUCAUCAAACUUGAAGAGCUCUAGCCCUGAUGCAGACAAUUUGCAUUCAUAUUUGUAAGUUAAAUUUGCAAUCACGAUCCUAUUCAAUCCAAUGUAUAGGCCUUGUUUUGUUUUGUAUGUGAAUUUUUGUUUGUAUGUUUGUGUUUGUGGCUUAAAAUCCACGUUUUACAGUUAUGUCCAAA